AAAAAGUUUAUAUUUUCUUUACAGUGCCAGUUGUAUGAAAGCGGUUUGUCAGAGACAUUCAAUCUGAUGGUAGAUUCAGCUGGAUCAUCUGUUGUUGGUGUAGGAUUAGUUCCUUUCGUUGCUGUAUGCCGAGGAGAAAGCCCAGAGGUUUCAGCAGUUCAGCAUAACACAACAGUUAUUAUUCGCUCUCCAACACCUGCACCUGUCCCUGACACUGCAACAUACAUUGAGAAGAUGGAAGCCAUGAAGAAUGAAAAAGCUGAAGGAAAAGACAAUCGAUCAUUCUUGGCUAAAUAUUGGAUGUACAUUAUUCCUGUUGUGCUGAUAAUGCUGUUCUCAGGAGGUGGCCAGGAAGGAGCUCGCUAAACCUCUCAUAGGAGUGUAAAUUAUUUUUUUAUGAGAACAGUUGAUCUCAUUCACUUCUUUCCUGUUAAGUUUUAGCUUUUGAUUGUAUAUGUGCUAGU